GUAACAACAAAAGUUUAGUCAAGUAAUAAUCACUAGGUUUGCUAACUUGUUUUUUCUCCGCUAUGGCUUCCGAGGGUAAACCCGAUACCACCGCCGCCGGUGGCAAGAAGAGAAAACGCUAUCUUCCUCACAAUAAGCCAGUGAAGAAAAAGGGUUCGUACCCAUUGCAUCCUGGUGUGCAAGGGUUUUUCAUCACUUGCGAUGGAGGCAGAGAGCACCAAGCCUCACGAGAAGCUCUCAAUAUUCUUGAAUCCUUUUAUGAAGAGCUAGUUCAUGGAGAACAUUCAAGUGUAAAAGAGUUAUCCAAUAGACCCUUAAAUACAAAAAUUACGUUUGCGGAUUCUGACUCUUCUAGUAGUGGUGAAGAUGAUGACGAUGAGGAGGUGGAGGUGCAGGAGGGAGAUGAGAAAAAGGGGGACAAAAAGCCUAAAUUGAAUAUUUCUAAUGAUGACAAUGCAAGUCAUGAUAAUGAAUUGAAUGAAACGGGUGAAAAAUCAGAUCCUCAUAAAAUCGAUGAUCUGCUUGCUCAGGCGGUGGAUAAAGCUAGUGAUAAUAAAGGAGACAUUGACAAUCUUAAGACUAUAAUAAAGACAGCUGAUGAGCUACCAGCUAUGAAAGAGUGCUGCAAAACAAAUGUGCCAACAGGUGAUUUGAGUGACAAAGUGGAGCAGAAGUCUAUUGAUAGGUUAAUUGAAGCAGAAAUCAGAGAAUUGGGGGACAAGAAUAAGAGGCGCUUUGUCAAGCUUGAUUCAGGUUGUAAUGGUGUAGUAUUUGUUCAAAUGCGGAAGAAAGAUGGAGAAAAAGGCCCCAAGGAUAUAGUUAAUCAGAUAGUGACAUCAGCAGCGUCGACAAGGAAACAUAUGUCAAGGUUUAUUCUGAGAAUUUUGCCAAUUGAAGUCACAUGUUAUGCUUCAAAGGAGGAAAUUUCAAGAGCAAUCAAGCCUCUUGUGGAACAGAACUUUCCUGUGGAAACACAAAAUCCAUUCAAGUUUGCUGUACUGUAUGAAGCCCGGGCAAAUACUGGUGUUGACAGGAUGGAAAUCAUCGAUGCUGUGGCAAAAUCAGUUCCUGGACCCCAUAAAGUUGAUCUCAACAAUCCUGAUAAAACCAUAGUAGUUGAAAUUGCCAGGACUGUGUGCUUGAUCGGGAUCAUUGAGAAAUAUAAGGAAUUUUCCAAGUACAAUUUGAGGCAGUUAACAUCACGUAAAGUCUGAGCCUUCCAGACAGCCUAUAGUAUACUUGUCGUUUUUGCGAAAUUUUACUUACUCGCUUAACGUAUUUAUACUUGGCUUUAGUUUUGACUGCUGCUGAUACUGGUCUCUCUGGCAGUUUGUCGUUUUGGAAAAUAGUUUCUAGAUAACUCUUGCAGAAAGUCCUUUGAAUGUAGUUCUCACUCACUGAUCGAAAUCAGAAAUUCUGAUGCACUAUAAGAUUAAUAAAAAUAUUAAUGUGGAUUUAAAAUAUUAUGUAAUAA